AGAACUAUAGACCUAACAAAAAUAUAUGUUUUUCAAACUCUUGACUUUACGCACAUCUCCAUCCAUUCAAGCUUCUCUUUCUUUCUCUUCUAUCUCUAGCAACAAUGACGGUAAAGGAUUGCGACCACCACCACCAUCAUGACUGCGAGCGCCGCCGUCUCUACCGCCGAAUAGCCUGUGUCAUCUUCUCCUUGUUGCUUCUAAUUGGCCUAGUCAUCUUCCUCAUCUGGGCCAUCCUCCGACCGUCGAAGCCCCGUCUCAUCCUCCAAGACGUCACCCUUCUUGGCCUUAAUGUCUCGUCAGUGCCACCAGCUGCCAUCUCGACAACCAUGCAAAUCACCAUCUCCUCCCACAACCCCAACACCCGCAUUGGUGUUUACUAUCAGGUCAUGGAUGUCUAUGCCGCGUACCGCGGCCAGCAAGUCACUCUUCCGACGCUCUUGCCGCCUACUUACCAGGGCCACAAUGAUGUUACCGUUUGGUCGCCGUUUUUGUAUGGUGAAGCUGUGCCGGUGGCACCAGAGUUUGCUGAAGCUUUGAAUGAAGAUAACAAUGUUGGAGCCAUGCUGUUCAAUAUUAAGGUCAAUGGACAGGUUAGGUGGAAGGUUGGGAGUUGGAUCUCAGGCAGAUAUCGGCUAAACGCGAACUGCCCAGCCUAUAUAAAGUUUGGUGAUCCAAAAAAUGGAAUUGCAUUCGGACCAACCAUGAAGUUUCAGUUCGUUCAGGGUUGUUAUGUUGAUAUUUGAGAUCUCUCAAAGUCCCCAAUAGUUGUACUUCUUUUUCUUUUUCCAUGACCUUAAAGAGUAUCUAUAGUACAUAGUUGCCAACCGCAAUGAAAAUUAUUAGAAUUA